AUGGAUUCAUCGCCAGUAAAUCCGUACUUGCUUUUUGAAAACACAGAGGCUUUCCGUCCCGCAGACAAGGUUUUGUACGCACUUAAACACCCCAUCGGACAGAAAGAUCCAAGGGGCUUGCGAAAACCAAUUCAACUGAAUGAUUAUCAUUAUAUUAUUCGCUCUACUGAGGAGCUUCGACGUCUUGUCACAUUACCUGCGAUGCCUAUUACAGGAGCGACUUUUAACGAGCAGUUAACGAGCUCACUGUACAGCUCUCCUGAGGCGUCGUGUAUACCGCUAUUUUUGGAUAAAACACGCGGUUCACCUGUAGAGGAUACUCAAGGUCUUCAAAACGAACCAUGGGAUAAUAUUUACUCUGGAACAAGUGUUUGGCGUUGGCCCAUGGAAGUUCUAUAUCAACAGUAUCAUUUAUUGAUUGCUAUUGAUUUUGGGACCUCAACAUUUGGUGUUUCAAGGAAUGGGGAGGUACUAGUUGAUCAUGUGCCUGAUGCUAUUGAAGCUUUACUGGACGUGGUGAGAAAAACGAUACAAACGCGUGAACAGGAAGAAAAGGAAAUAAAAUAUUGGGUUGACAUGCAUAUGGAGGAGUCGGAACACAGUAAUGUUCUUCGACAUGUGUGGAAACCUCAAAUUGAUAUUUCUAUCGUCCUUAUUAAUUUGCCUAGAUUGGAGGUGAGUGCGCUGACUUCUAUUUUUUCGAAUUCUUCCUCCUCUGAAACGGGGCGGGAAGCUGGCAUAGAUGAAGGCCAUCCACACUUGUUUCCGGUGGGUGCUAUACCGUUUUCUAUCUUUGAGGGCAAUUUGCCUAAGGACAUGUCCACUAGUCCUUUCCUGAUUCCUCUUAUGACACGCUGUAACGCCGAGUUGGUUCUGAGCGAUGAAAGCUUUUUAUCUCGGUUAGGCCAACAACUUAGAGCCUACGAAGAGGCAUGUUGCUCACGACUGGUAGAUGUUUGGCCCGAGCGAAGUUUGUUUACUUCCAUUGACCACCUUAUACGCUUGAUCCCAGAGCGUGCAUUGUGUUGCACAAGUCUUGUUCUUCUUAGUAACGCAGAUAAAGGAGGAUUACCUAAUAGUUUUUCAUUAUUAGAAAGCUCUGUACGGAGGAAAAAUAUUAUUCUAUCUAUUUUGUUUUUGAAUGAGACAAAUCCGUUUUUUGAUUCAAAUUCAAAUUCUCUAUCACAGUUUUUGUCGUCUGUGGGAGGUUUCGGAGUUCAUUUUGAUCAGUGGCUUUCACUAGCAGUUCCAAAGCUUAAUACUGACUGGUGUCGUCGGCUUGGAGGUCCACGGUGCCUGGCGCAACAACUAUUUGUGCAACUAGACACUAAAUUUCCUUUAGGUAUGGAGCAUGCUUCGCAGCAUAUUUUAACAACGUGUACUGAUCGGACUAAUGAUUCUUGUAUCCUAUAUAACUCUGACAAUGGCCUUGAAGAUUUUACUUUGCUUCAUGAGAGUGAUGUUACUUCUGCCAUUCGUUGUGUAGCGGAGGCCCGAAUUAACGAAGGAUGGAGUGUGGUGAUGAAUCAUAACGCAGAAACUCCUUGUAUUGCAAAUCUUUAUGCUCGUCUUCAGUGUAAUUUUCGACAUGGGAAGCUUUCUAUUUCGUAUGAGAUGGAUAUUAGCUAUCCAGUGGUAUAUCGCCGUGUGUUGGUCCAAGGUUCAAAAGAACUGGUUGAAUAUUUUGUGAGGGUGAGAGGUGAUGACAUGACUGUUAUACCCACACCUGCAGAGAGUAAAACAGGUUGGUUGAUGUAUCUUGUAAUCUUGCGUUCUCAAUUACGCCGUUGGAUGCAUGCUGAGCAGGUGGCUUUUCACUGUUUGUUUACGUCACGCCAAACACACCGGCCUCUUUUGAAGGAUAUGCAAGAGCUUUCUUUCUGUGAAGGAGUUUCUGAUGCGUGGUCAGCACACUGCAGUGUCCGUUCAGUUGGGUUUUUCUUUUCUUGGGAUGAGGGCUUGUUCCACUGUUUAGAUCCAUGUAGGGGAGGAUCAUGGGGUAGUAUGCCUUCUGUUUCGGUGUUGGCUCGUCGCGUUCUCUUGGACGCCUUACGGAAGCGACAUGAUCCUCUAUUGCAGGAUGAAUAUGAUAUGUUUUUAUCUCUGGCAAAAAACGAAGGAUCCCCUCGAUAUGUUGUUCAACUUUUUUUGCUAGAUCAUGAGUUUGUCACUGGCCACGAGGGUUUUUUAGCAGCAGCGUUUGAGUGUCGUUUGAGUUUCUUUCUAACGAAUGUUGAGGAUGAGUUACAAGCGCUUGCAGAUAUUAUUGUUGAUGUGAAGACGGGUGCUUUGGCUACCCCAAAUACUGUAGUUGGCAAUACAACUUUUACUCUUGCAGUGGAAGCCGUGAUCAACGAAACGAAUGCACGGGCGCUUCAACUUACUUUCUGUACUGUUUUACCGCGCCGUCUGGAUUUAAUCUCCAGUUACAUGGAACCAUCACCGUGUCGUCGCAGAGCUGUUUUGAGCGGGGCGACAAACCAUAAAGCUCAGCAUCUUGAUUCCUCAACAAAAUUGUCAGCAGGUGAAGAAAUACGGAAUGUUCGACAAUUGACUUUUCGUUGCUUUUUGACGCCAUAUUUGGCAGGCCCAUCUCUACUUUCUGACGCUAUUGCUUUUUACUGGAUGAUUGGAACUGCUGAAAUGUGGAGGACAUUUGCUGUUCCUUCCUUCAAUAUUUUUGUUACACGCCGUGUUCGCAAUGGGUUUCGCUUAUUACAUUGCAUGGAGCCUCGGGAGGCGAUACUUUAUUCUACGCGAGUGUUUGGGGAAGGUCAUGUAGUCGAAAUAUUUGAUGUUAUUGAGGCGCCCUCGGAGAGUGGUGACAGUGGCCUUUCGGCGCAGGUGAUUAUUUACAGAUUUAUACGCCCCUUUGAAUAUGCUGUUUCUUCGUUGUACCAACCGUUGCUAAUGGCGGACAUUUCAGAAGAUAUUCAAGUUGCUACGGUACUUCAUACGUUUAAGGUUUUGUCCUCCGCACCAUUAACUUCGGCUGUUGAUCGUCCGGUGCCACUUAACGAGUUGAGUCGGGGAUUUGUUCAACUUGUUCCAAGACUAGAGUCACUUCUUCCCUUCCUAUCAGCUAGACAUGCUCACACCAUUACGUUACAUUCUCUUCCCUCAAUGGGGGAAAAAGGUGAUGAUAACCUUAGAGAGGCUGUGGCUUUUUUUGUUUAUUCGCUUGGCGAACGAUCGGCAACCGUUGAUGCGUCUGCUCUUCAUGAAAGUUUGCGACAAAAACUUUGUGGCUUAGACAAUUUGGAUGAAGCUUUACAAGAGCCAAAGGAGUUUUUUUUUUCUGUACUGAUGCCACUGGAAUACAAUCAUUUGACUUUUCUCCUAAUGCCCCGUAGGUGUCAUACCACGACGUUGAAGCGAACAAAAGGGAUUAAUGUCCAUGUUAUUUCGUUAGACACCACGGCUCUCUUCAAGGGUGUGAUGCGACUGUAUGGUAGGUCAGGUGACGUGGAAGAAGUGGAUGAGCCGUGUUUACCCGACUGUUCCACUUCUUCUUUGUUGAAGGCUUUGAACAAAUUGCUCACCUCAUUUUGCUCGCUUUAUCAAGCCUGGAGAAUUAUUGAACAACCAUGUUAUGAUUGGGACUGCCAAGUUGCUAAGGAAGAUAUCGUUGCGCAGGAUGUUCUGAAAACGUUUUCUAUGUUUGAGGACUACUGUAAGGAAGUGGACAUUUCAUACCUUCUUUUUAUCCAGGAGAGUAAAUGGAAAGAACGUGGCGGUAAGGUCUCUUUUUACGAGAAUCUGCGCUCGUUGAUCACGUCAAUGGUGCGUUCUAUGUGUUUUCGACCCCUACCGACACAUCCUGCAGUUUUUUUCCCAGUACACGAGAAAAUUGACAGUCACACAGAGGGGGUUAUUGGGGAUGUUGCAGUGAACAAUACUGUGGAGGCUUUGUCUUCGGGCAACACUGUUUGUCAGAGUCUCACGGUACCACCGUUUCUCAUGAGGAUCGCGCUGUUUCUAGUGUCGGAGGAUGGUAGGGAGGUGGAUUGCGUCUGUAUAUUUUCACCUACGCAUGGUUCAGAUGACCUGGAUGAUGCGUAUAUGUCUUCCUGGUCACCCAUUGCCUUAGAUAAGGCGCAGUGUGCUUCCCAGAGGAAGCUUUUGAUGCGUUUUUUUGUAAAGACUGCUUCCAAGCAACUCGUGGAUCUCGCGCGUAACACGUACAAGCCACCCACGGAGGUGAUACAACGCAUAUUUAGGGAACUGUUGCACGAUCGGCAAGAUAAUCCCUUGGAUGAUUCGAAGACACCACUUUUUUUUGCCAAGGAAUCAUCUGUAGAGGAGUUGAACUUACUCUCUAGAAAAGCAUUGCCAUUUGACGAGCUACCGACGGCAGUCCGAUGCUUUUUUGAUGUCUUGGCAGCGGAUCUUGCAAGGAGUGUUGCGUACCACAGCUUGACGGAGUGCUUGCAUUCCACACCCUUUGUGACACUACGCUCUCUCAUUCAAGGUGAACCAACAACUACCAAGGCAGCCCCUUCUCUAACUGACUCGGAAAGUGUUGGUAAUAAUAAUGGCAAUAACAGCAACAGCAGCAGCAGCAAGAACAACAAUGAUUCAGAUUACGAUGAUGAUAAUUUGGAUCGAGAAUCUUGUGACUUGCAGCUUUUGGCACACGAAUCGCAAGAAGUUUUGAGUGCCGCUCUUGAUAUUCUCGGUCUUAGGGAACUUUUGGCUUUUGUGGUGACACCCGCCCUACUUAGUGUCCCUUGUUUUGAGGCCGAUUCAUUUACGGUGGAGUUCACGCAGUGCUCGUCUAGUGCCACUGUGAACCCUGCAUUGGCUCUUUCCCAUGUUUUCAAACGUUGUUUAGCGGAUGAUUUGGUUUGUGUUGUGCAGGUCACCUCCUCAAGUUUUAUGCUGGUGCCAAAUAGGAAAUACUUUGCCUCUCGAUGGAUAUUUAUUCACGUGACCAACGAUGUAUGUGACGGUGCUCAGCGGGUGCAUCUUUUAUUUAACGAACAUGAGGGUGAUACAGGCGUCUGCCGACGCCUCUGCACGGGUCUUCGUCGACUGAUCGAGACCAAGGUGAGAGAGGUCAGUUUGUUGCAGUUUUUAAAACAGUUACGUGAUACGCAAAACGCACACAGUGAAUUGAUACCGCGUAACUGGGGAGACCAGUUCGCCUCUCCAUCUCCAGUUGCCAAGGCAAAUCGCGAAUCCACAGCGUCUCUGUCGGCAGUGUUUGAUUGUCGAGGCUCAACGGUGCUGAAACUACCGAUCUACUAUAAAUUGCAGCACCAGUGUAAAAAGAUACUCUCUCGCAUCACUAGUAAUUGUGCCAGACUUGAGUUAAUCAAUAUUUACAACAGGGAGCAGUGCUUUGUGGUGACGGAUGAUGCUCAGACGGACGUGUUUCACUUUAUUCGACUGGUGUUUGUGAAGGACACUGCACAUUUACCGUUGCUAACUGUGCCUUCACCGGCACUUUCCCCUGCCGACCGUUGUCCUUUGCUUGUGGUGCAGUUGUUCAGCUCUACCAAAAAUGCACUCGUGAAACGUCCCUUGCGCAAGCUGCAGGACUUUUGUUUUUUUUUGGCCGUACAAGAGCUUCAGGGACACCUGAACUAUGUGCAACACAAGUUUAUUUCCACGAUGGAUCUUAUUUUCCUUCAGUGUCGACGUUGUGACCCUGUUAUUGUGGACUUGGUAACAGCUGGCGGAGGUGUUACCCUGCAGCUAACGGACGUUCAGCUCGCUUUUGCUUUGGUCGUUUUGGGCCUCAAAGAGAACAAGUUUAAGUACUUUGACGUCCAGGGCGCUGGAAACGCCGCUAUCAGUAACUUUGCGGAAUACUAUGGACUUGUUGAGGACGCGGGGGAAAAAGUAAGAAGAGGGGGAGGAAUUACUCCUCAUAUUGCUCGUUUUGUGGAGAUGGAGACGCCUGUAACUACACCUCCCGUGCCAGCAUCGGUGCUCCGCUUUGUGAAGGUAAUAGAGGGUGUGACAGACGUGCUUGUCUCCUGCACGCUUCAUGUGAGUGACGGAUCACAGCUGGUGCUAGACCGUUUUUUGACGAAAAUUCCUGAAGAACGUUACACAAUAGGUGAAUCGGAGAUGACUUACAUUAAGCAGAUUGAACACAUUCUUGGAGAUGCGGUGUCGCAUUGGCGAUUUUUUGCCCUCUCUAAGCGGCUUUGCGUGCUCUCCUCUUCCCAAGUUGGAUCUGCCGUAGAGGAGUUGAUUACAUGUGCUGCAAGCGUUACCUCGACGGAAUCGUCCACACUUCGCUUUGGAAAUUUUUCAUUGAAACGGGUUAGUCACGCCGUCUUUCCGUUUCUUAUUCAGCAGCUUGUGGGGAUUUUUCAGCCCUUUUCGCCGGUCUGUUUCCUCAAACGAUUAAAUGCUCCGCUCUUGCACAUAGCCGGUUUUCCGUGGCGGUGGAUCGAGCAGAUGCAGAGGGACCUCCAGGCGGAGCAAAUUGAGGUUUACCUCACUUGUGGGUAUCAAAUUACGAUGUGUGAUGAAAAAACGGAGGAACAGGCUGUAAAGGCAACUCGUUCUAUGCAUGAGCCGAACCUACACCUCCCUGUGAGCCAGGUGACUGUAUUGGCACAGAGCCCUUUAUUAAAGGAACACAAUAUAGAGGUGGGGAUGCCAACGAAACCUCAACUGGUAGCGCGCAUUUCUCUGACGAACGGCCUGACAGCCGCCCUUUUUAAUCUGCGAGACUCCGAUAUUAUGUUGCGCUUGAUAGGGCACGUGGUUGCAAAAGCGGAGCAGCAGUCGGAUCUGCUUCAUGAUAUUAUGGUGCAGAGAAUGGGAUUUGCGUUUCCAUCUUACCUCACAGAACCGGUGUUAGCACGGUUUUGCUGCGGUGACGACAAUAAUGUGACUGAGGGAAAACGGUUAUGCAUUCACGAUGAAACCUACCGAAGGCGCAUUAAUCAUGUACGCUUUCCAGUUCAAAGCUCAGGGGGUGGCGAUGCUUUGACGGUCAUUGUGGAAGGGCUAUUUAAUCGUGGCCUUCUUGUGAAUGGAGUCUUUAUUGAAGAGGAUGCGGUUCGUGCGCUGUAUUGCGAAUGCCCCCAAUAUUCAUUGAAGGAAUGCAAGCUAAUUAUGCAGGGCUUGGUAAAGGAUGGCCUGCUUACAAUGUGGCAUAAACCAAAUAGCCGUCGUUUGACAAAUUCAAACAGUAUUCCUGAUGAUGCACUUAUAGGUUGUGACUUUCGCAGACACUUACAGACAGCUCACGUUCUUGUGGAGUCACAACACGCACGCUCGGGCAUCAUGGAGUCUCUGCAAGCCUGUGAGUCCCUCUUGAAUUUGCCACCACUGGAGAGUGAUAUUUCGUUAGCCAAAUUGGUCGUACUUCUUCAGGGGCGCAGCAAGCAAACACAUGGACUCCGCGUACAGGACUUUACCCUUCCCCGUCGCUUGCCAUGGUGCCGCUCGGACGACAUUCUUGACCCAUCGUUGCCCCCGAGGGGCAAACUUAGUUCUGAGUACCGCAUGUCCGUUGACGUAACACUGCAUUCAUAUGUGCAGUUUCUUCUACGCGUAUUUCCACGGGCACGCGUUAUUGACCUUGACGCAAACAACGCCAUUGUAUCAUCAGAUGCAACACUACUGCAUCGGUUUCGUUGCCGCUACGGUAAAGUUGUUACCCCUGACGGGAAUGAGAUAUGUUUUGUGCCCCAUUUGUACUAUGUGCUGAUUCCCAUGCUAGAUACGAGGACCACGGAGGGCGGCGACAGCGAUCUUGCUGCAUCUGCCUCGCUUAGAAAAAGAGGUCUUUUUAUUUUGGAGGUUGGAUUUCAAGUCGCUUAUUUUGCGCUUGAUGUGUUCAUGGUCAGUGGGGAGACUAUUUCUGCCAGCGUGGCAGCUCUCUCCGCCGUCAGAUUGAAGCGUAACCUUAGUUUCAGCAGCGUUCUCUACGACCUGACGGUAAAUCGUAUGCUACGCUACGUGCAGAUGUAUGCAUCACUCCUGUUUGGUCAGCUGUUGAUGUCGGAUGCGCUUGAAAAUCUUGUCAAGCAGUACCCGCAUCCACCGUGUGAAAGUCUCAGCAUGGUGGCUGUUUUUGACGUGGAGGAAUCCUGCGUGCGGCGAGCGCAAAAGAUCAUGAAAAAAAAAACCACCCCUGUGGCUCCAGACAGCAACGGUAUGAGGCAGCUGAUCCCAAAACAGGGCGAGGUGCUGCUGAGGGAAUCCACGCAGGAAAGGUAUCACUACUGUGGGGUCAUGGUCUGGGCAACGUCUCGCCUGUUUGUGUUGCUUUGCACCGUUCGUGAUGUCAUCAUGUGCGAUCGUUAUCCCAACGGUGAUCUUUUCAAACUUGCUCUUACUGCUAAGCGCCAGUUGCAGCAGUUGCUUUUCGAUAGUAUGCUUCAGCAGCGGCUUGAAUUUGCAUGGGAUAAAAUACGCACGCUUCCGGAUGCAAAUGAUGAGAGUGACGCUAAUGAAAGUAAUGGUAUUUCUGAGCAAGGACCCUCUCGAGAGGAUCUGCGGACGCUACAAGCGCAUUGGAAAAAGUACAGUCUUGCCAAUAUAGUUAAUCCAUUUCUACAGAUUCUAACGGACUGGAAAUCGAUACUGACGAGACAUCACGGUACCCUUUUGGCGGCGUGUGUACCCAAUUACACCCUUCACCUCUUUCUGGACGAGUUUGAAGGAAAUGUCGUUGGGACACCGUGUAAAGCUUCUGAUACCACCAUUGCAUUGACGUUGGCAAGCCAUCAGAUGGAUCGAAAGCGUUUUAUUGUUGUGGAAUUUACAGGUGGUGUGUUGGGCGUUAUUGAGAGUGCUGCGCUCUACCGUGGGGUGAACGAGCGAGGCGCCGUCGACAAGCUGCUGGAGGAGGAGGAAGAGGAGGAGGCGGCAGAGCUAAUUGAGCAAACGCUGAAGCUGCUUUCAAGUGCCCUGUGGAGGAGUUCAUUCACCACUGGCAUGAGGUGA